ACUUCUCAGUUUUCAAAGUAUGGUGACAUUUCUAUGAACAUUCUUUGUCCAUGUGUACAUGCAGAAUUGCUAGAAUAAAAUGCUAAAGGCAGUUAGAGAAAAAGAUCUAUAAUAUAGCACAUUGUUUGAUUGUAUUUUAAUGAUAUAUUUUAUAUCUUAUACCAUACAGAAAGAUUAAAAAGUAAUAAAGUAUUAAACAUAAAUAUAAAUAUUUAUAGCUAAAAAUUCAUUUCAUUGCUACCAUCCAAAAUCCUUAUACGAAAGACUGUCUUUAUUGCUAUUAAGCCAAAUCUUACUACAUUCUUAGAGUAAUAUCAACUUUGGACAGGAUCUCAGAGGUAAUCUACUUCAAGCGGUUGUUCAAUGUAGGAUCUGCUAAAGCAGUUUGGACAAAUGGCUGUCCAUUUGCGCAGAUCUUACUGUGGUGCAAGACACAUCCAAAGAAUUUACUAAAACAACUGGAGAGAAUCCAGUCAGUUUAUUCAAUCUUGUAAGUCAUUCAACUGUCUUAUAGCAAGGGACCUCAGAGUCAAGUUAACAUAAGUAUGUAUAUAUGUAAAUCUGUUACACACAUAAAUGCUUUCAUUGAAUCUUCAUUUCUUCCUUCACCCUGGUUUGUAAAUGUGAAAAUGACCAUUGCAGUUCACAUUCGAAUAUUGGGCUCUCAUGUUGCAUAAGCCAUAAUGUCAUUUGUUUUGGCAUAUCAGUUUGGGUAGAUCUGCCCAAAUGAAAAGUAAACAGUAUAUGAACCUUGCCAGUUGUAAUAUAUUAAAUAAAACAAGGAUAAAUAAACCAUGGUUUAUUAUGUGUUAAUCCAAUUAUUGCGUUGGAUCUCAAUUCACUCUUACUACCUUCUCACUGGUUUUCAUUUCAACAAGAGCUAAAUUCAGUUUGUAAUAAACAAAUUUUGUCUGCAUUCAGCUAUGCUAUCACUCUCAGGUAAACAAAUUUAUCUGGGCUUACUGUAGAAGCUAGACUACUAGGGUACAGUUCCAUCUACUAGGAGACCUCUAGGAAUUACAAGGAUUAUUGGCUGCACUUGGAAAUGACAAAGUCAUAUUUCCAUAUUUAAUAUUGCUGCCAAGAAAAUGAUCAGAAUAUGUCCAUUCUCCCGCCAACAGAGAAAGGACAUUCAGGCUUUGCUUUCUGUGCACGAUAUUGUUGCUGAGAAAAGCUAUGAUCCUGUAUUGCCUCCCAUGCCUGACGAUAUUGAUAAUGAAGAAGACUCUGUGAAAAUCAUCAGGCUUGUAAAAAAUAGAGAACCUCUGGGAGCUACUAUUAAAAGGGAUGAAAACACAGGAGCUGUUGUUGUGGCUCGGAUAAUGCGUGGGGGAGCAGCAGACCGAAGUGGUCUCAUUCAUGUAGGUGACGAGCUGAAGGAAGUAAAUGGAAUUUCAGUGGAGGAUAAAAAACCAGAAGAAAUUAUACAAAUUCUGUCUCUGUCCCAAGGAGCCAUUACAUUUAAGAUUAUACCCAGUAUCAAAGAAGAAAACUCAUCAAAAGAAGGCAAGAUCUUCAUGAAAGCUCUUUUUGACUAUAAUCCCAAUGAAGAUAAAGCAAUUCCCUGCAAAGAAGCUGGACUUCCUUUCAGAAAAGGUGAUAUUCUUCAAAUCAUGACCCAAGAUGAUGCAACCUGGUGGCAAGCCAAGCUGGAAAGUGAUGCCAAUCCCAGAGCAGGCUUAGUUCCUUCAAAACAUUUCCAGGAAAGGAGACUUGCUUUAAGAAGAUCAGAUGUACAGUUUCGGCCCUUGAAGAUUUCAAAUAAGAAAUCAUCUGGUUUUAGGAGAAGUUUUCGCCUAAGCAGAAAGGAUAAAAAAACAAACAAAACAAUGUAUGAGUGCAAGAAGAGUGAUCAAUACGACACUGCAGAUGUCCCUACCUAUGAAGAAGUAGCAAAAUAUAGGAGGCAACCUAAUGAAAAAUACAGACUUAUUGUCUUAGUUGGUCCUGUUGGUGUAGGACUCAAUGAACUAAAACGGAAAUUGUUAAUCAGUGACACUCACCAUUAUGGUGUAACAGUUCCACACACAACAAGACCUCGAAGAAGCCAAGAAAGUGAUGGUGUUGAAUACACUUUUAUUUCCAAGCACUUGUUCGAGACAGAUGUACAGAAUAACAAAUUUAUUGAAUAUGGGGAAUAUAAAAAUAAUUACUAUGGUACCAGCAUUGAUUCAGUUAGAGCUGUUUUGGCAAAAAAUAAAGUUUGUUUGUUAGAUGUACAGCCUCAUACAGUGAAGCAUCUAAGGACUUUGGAAUUCAAACCAUUUGUGAUAUUUAUAAAACCUCCAUCAAUUGAGCGUUUAAGAGAGACACGAAAAAAUGCCAAAAUAAUUUCAAGCAAGGAUGAAAAAGGUGCUGCCAAGCCUUUUCAAGAAGAAGAUUUUCAAGAAAUGAUUAAAUCUGCCCAGAUCAUGGAAAGUCAAUACAACCAUCUUUUUGACAAAGUUGUAGUGAAUGAUGAUCUUACCACAGCAUACAAUGAAUUGAAAACAAUUUUUGACAAACUGGAGAGAGAAACAUUUUGGGUCCCAGUCAGUUGGGUGCAUUCCUAAUGCUGCACAAACGUCUUCAUGGUAGUUAGCUGGGUCUAAGUGGACAUAUUAUUGCUGGGGCCUUUUUCUAGUUAUGACAUGUUAGAUGAAUAUAGAAGGAGACAGUUGAUCUUAUUUUUAAUGGGUUGAUAAUACAGUUUUCUAGGCAGCAGAACAAAGUGAAGCCUUAUUUUUAUUUAACUGUUUUUUUAAUUCUUGGUUUUUUUUAAAAAAAGCAUCCUCAACUACUAUAAUACCAUCUUUCAUAAAUAAUUUGCACUUUCCAUGAUAUUUCCUUUAAGCUAAGAUUUAAUGGAAGAUCUUAACAUUCAAGAUCUCUGUAGUACUAUAUCUGAUUUUGGUUAGCACUUGAGAAUAUAUUUUAACUGGAGCAUUUAUUUUUUAAGAAUAUAAGUGUUUGUUUAGUACUGAUCUAUAAUGUAAAAUGAAAAUUGCUCCUUUAUAUUCAUCUUGACAUUGGGUAAAUUUAAGUUACUUUGGUGCAAAAAUUAACUAUUGAAAUUUCUUUUCAAUAAGAAAUAUGUCAUAUUUUACAUCUUAAGUAUUUGUAUAUUGUCUUGUUGGAUUUAAGAUAAUGGGAUUUUCAUUUAAAUCAAACUUGAAAUUGUUUGAAUAAUUCUUACAUAAGAAUAAAAUGUGGUGGAGGAUCAUAGCCUUUGUAAUUGAGUCAGUUGUAUACAUAUAUUUAUAUAAAUACUUUAUUAAUUUAAAUAUAUAUCUUUCUAAAA